AUGACUGUUGCAGAUUCUUUCAAAGGUGCCCGCCGUCUCUCUGCCCGCAAUGAUGAAGUUCUUUCCUUUGAUGUUGGUGAUGACAGCGCCAAGUCGAUGGAGUAUUGCCAGAAUUUGGCCAAAACUUUGAGUAGUGCAAGCCAGCUCCCCAAGGCUUGCGAGAAAUACCCCAGCGUGGUUCAGGGAUUGGAAAAGAAAUCCGCCGAUCAAAAAUCCCAACUCAACAAGGCUUUCACGGGAAUGUCUCCGGGACAAGCCCAGCGUGCCAAGGCCAACCGACUGAAGGGAGUGGAAACUCAGGCUCAGUUCCAGCGACGCAUGACUCGCUCUCACAGAAUGUCGGGAUCCCACCGUGCCUAA